AUGGCAAAGAUGAGACAAGUUUUAAAUAUUUACAAUAGCCGUAAACAAAAAGGUUUGGGAAACCACUCCCCCGAAGAAAUGAAAAACAACCCCGACUUAGAGAAAGACUAUAUAUUUAAUAGUUUAGUCAAAAGAGACAAACAAGAAAGAAUGCCAGGCUUCAAACUUAAGAAAGGUGACAAAGUAAAAAUAGAAAUACCUAAACGCGACCCAUAUGAAAAUACUAUUGACUAUGACAACAAUGGGAACUCGACAGGUACUCACAUUCGUGUUCGUAAAAAUAGAAGAAAGUAUACAAGAGAAUAUUAUGAAGUUUUAGGCAAACAUGGCAAAAUGUACAGACUGCAAGCAGAAGAUAAAACUACUAUUGUCAGACCUCGUUUCAAACUUGUCAAAGUUCAAGGUGGUAUACUUUCAAAGACAGUUCCUAACAAAUAUAAGACAACUCCUGACGAAUAUGCUAAAGAAGUUGAAAAUGACGACUAA